UUUUUUGUUUUUUCAGGCUGAUUUGCUAAGGGAGAGGUUUGAAGCCAAAAAACACGUGGUUUGUCCUCAUUAUCCUUCUGUUUUCCAUUUUUUCAGUAAAUCAAUGAUUUUUGUGCUUAUUAACAAGUUAUGUUGCACAUUUGCUGGUUCUUGUGCCGAGGGUCUAGUGGAAACAACCUCUCUAGCUCCCAAGAUAGAGGCAAGGUCUGCGUACACUCUAUCCUCCUCAGACCCCACUUUGUGGGGGUAUGUUGUUGUUGUUGUAUGUUGCACAAUUGGCAGGUCGGCUAAAAGUAAUUACAUAGACAUUCGCUUGUCAAAUAUACAAAAAAUAUAUAGUAUUAUGAAUCAUAAAUGUAUAUUGUACUCUAAUAUACAAAAAUAUAUCCAUUUGCUGGUUAUUAUUUUGGUCGGCCAAAAAUGAUAACAUUCGAUAGCCAAAUAUAAAGAAAAGCAUACACUAUUAUGUAUCAAAAAUGUAUAUUUUAUGUAGAUUAUACACUAAUAUACAAAAAAUAUACAUUUGUGGCUAUUAUUUCGGUCAGCGGCUAUUUAUGUUAAUUUCUCCUAUUUUAACUGCAUUUAUAUGGAAAAAGUUGUGAACUUUGUGGUGAAAACAAAUGCUUUUAGCUCAUUGUUGGAAUUAAGGUCUAUUAAGUUUACCUAUCAAAAGGAAGAAAGAAGGUUAGAUUGUGUUUGGUGUGGAGGAAAUGUUUACCUUGAAAAAUCAUUUUUGAAUAAUUUUUAAGUGUUUGGUUGAGUAUAAAUUAAGUGCCAUUUGAUACUCAUACAAGGUAAACACCAGAGUAUGUGAGCAUAGUGUUUUGCUGAACUUUUUGACGAUUAAAGAUUAUGCAAAUAUCUUAGUGUAGUUUGAAACAGGUGAUAUGGAGAGUUGGGAUAUUUGUGAAGGGAAAUUUUCCGCAAAGUCAUUUUGUGCUUUUGGUGAAAAAUAUUUUCUUGUAAACAAACACUAGAAAUGAAAACACUUUCCUUCUAUCACACUUGUCCUUUAUUGUUAUAUAAAGUGACUUGUCCAUGUAUAUUAGCAUGUUAGUUCUCUUUUCGCUUAUGCUAAAAGUUACCCCUUUUUUGUAUAAGCAUAGUAGGAUUAAGGUCUAUAACUUAUUUUUACCUAUUGAAAGAAAAAAACGUCUAUAUCCUUCAUUUUUACCUAUUGAAAGAAAAAAACGUCUAAAUCCUUCUUGCUAUAUAAAAUGACUUGUCCUUGUGAAACUGGUCUAUGUCUAUGAUGAAAGAAAUUGUUUUCUGCUUUUAGUUUUAUUACUUACAAAUAUUUACCCAGAAACAUUAUAUGAAGAAAAUAUUGUCGAUGAUGGAAACAAAUGAACGCACCUACGUGUCUUAGUGUUAGUUGAUUUCAUGGCCAGAUGAAUAAGCAGGAGUGGUAUUCAUUAGUGUAACAGAGGAAUGCACUAUUCUAGUUAUUAAUUCUUUUACGUGGAGUGUUUUUUUUUUUUUUUUUAAAUUGGAGGACACUCGUAUCUGUAGUUUGAUGUUCUUUUGUCUCACUUUGUUGACAUCCGGGAAGAUGUUGAAACCAUUGAUAGAUUUGUAGCUGAUGGUGAAGCUAGCUAUAAUAAGUGGCGGCACCCUGAUUCCUACGUUGGUUCAUGCAUCAAGAGUGAAGGUUGUCGGUGCAAGAGUUCAAUUUGUUUAGCAGACUUGAUUUUUAUGGGGACUUCUAGUUACUGAGGGCCUUGUUUGCUAUAAACUCGGUAACCUAACCUGUCUUUGGCACUCUCCCAUUUAAUGAUAUUAUUCUCUAGCUGGUACACCAAUGAUGCCUGUCAAUAGAAUUCAAGGGGAAAAAGAAAAGAAUUGAUUGAAGAAGAUGAAGAGGUGCCGGUAUAUUGCCUUGCACUUACAGUUAUUGAGACACGGGAUUUUCCCUGAAUUUACUUUCCCCAUUUCAAGUUUGUGCUUUAUGUUAAUUGCCGAAAUUCUGUUACUAACGUAUCAUGAUAUAAUUUAGAAAAUUGAUUGAGUAUUCUGUUAAUUCCAAUGAUAUACUCAUGAGUUUUUUCGUAUUGACUGAUUAUAUACAAGAAGCCUUGGGCUUUUGUUUUCGAACUUCUAUGUUGCCUCUUCAUGCUUGAGUUGCUACCAUAUGUUUGUUAAUGGGCAAGUAUUAGGUACCACAUGCCAACUAUGUCUUCUUGUGGUACUGUAACAAUGGCUUCGCAUAUUGUUUCUCCAUGUCUAAUUCAUUAGCUCUUGAUGCAGAUUGAGAUAGUGUAUGACUAUGGCAAGGAAGAGGCUGAAUUAGAUGAUCCUGUGUCAUGGAUAUAAAUUAAAAGUAGAAUCAAGUUUGUGAAUCUUCAUAUUUGCUGCUCAAACAGUUACGAGCUUCUGUUAGAAAUGGAAAUAAUUUCACUUCACACUCACUGUCUGGUGAUGUUAAUGUCACUCAUCAUAAAGUGUCGUCAGUAUAAUGGAAAUAGGAUCAUUCUUUUAUCAUUAUCUCUAGUUGUUAGUCGAAUGUCUGCUUGCCAAUUCUCCCUUUUGAUUUUACAUGUUAUGUUUUUGGGUGCAGAUUCAGAUGGUGCAAGCAUGUGUGAGAACAUUCAAAUCAUGUUUUUGUUCCUUUCUGAGUGAUACUGCUUCACAGACUUCUCAAUGCAAGGUUUAUAUGAUUUUUAGUUUUACACUUCGAAAUGGGAAUUGGCACAAUGCCGUGGUUACUUGAAUUUUUCCGUUUAGUAGUUAUGAGCUGCAAACAACAAAACUUCAAAAAUAAACGUCAAAACAUAGAGAUUGAGUCAAUAUCAGUGAAGCGCGUGGAUUAUGUGGCUUUGCAACUUUGUUGUAUUUUGAUUUAUUAUUGGUUCAACUUUAUUGUUGGUUUGCACAUUUUUUUCAAUAAAAUCUGAUAUAUUUGUCUUGUAUAUAUGGAAGUGAUGGAAGAAUAAUUAUCCAUCUUGGUUCAGUGACGGCAAAAAACAUGGAACCAUACUCAGCAUCUGGAGGCAUUGAGGUUAUCAUAACUCCACUCCUCCUAGUCUGUUCGGUUUGGAAAAUAAAGAAGCAACACACAAAAGGAGAAGAAUGAAACUUUUUGUAGGGAAGAAGACUCAAUUUAAUGUAUCUGACCAACUAUUCCUGCUUGUCCUUUUUGUUUAAGUUCUUGCAUCCACAGACUGGAAACUUUUCACUUCUAUCAUUCAACCUACGUACUAUGGUAAGCAAUGAUGUCAAUUGUACCAGAAAAUCCUUAGUAUUUAACAAGUUUGAUAACUUGCCCGCUUGUGAGGACUUUUGGUUAUUUUAUUUUGUUGUGUGGUGUUUGUGUUUAAGGCAGGGGUAAUGCGGUUUAUGGCAAGUUGUUGAGAAAACGUAGCGUCUUGGUGUGACUGAUUGGUUCCAUCACUAUAUUCGAAAGAAAGCAGGCCAUCUUUGUGAAAUUUGAACUUACGGAAAAUACAGGAGAAUGUUUAAGUAUAGGUCAAAAUUACACAAAACCAAAAUUGGUUAGGAUUUAAUAUUUUAGUUAAUGUCUAAAUAGGAUUUAUAGUCAGAAUUAUAUAGGAAUAGGUUUUCCAGUUUUUAGUCUAAGUAUGUUUCGUACUAUUAUAAAUAGAAACCUCAUUCCUUUCCCUUAAUUAUUCACUCUAAAACAAUCAAACUAACGCCUCCUUCCUCUCUCUCUCUCUCUCACUUUUAACGUAAGCAUUCAAACCGCUUUUAAAAUCUCUCAAAGAUGGCAACUCCGAAAGUGCCAAUCCCAGGCAAAAGAAACAUCCUUAUUACCAGUGCAUUGCCUUAUGUAAACAAUGUUCCUCACCUUGGCAACAUUAUAGGAUGUGUGUUGAGUGCGGAUGUGUUUGCAAGGUAUUGUAGGAUUAGAGGGUACAAUGCCAUAUACAUUUGUGGUACUGAUGAGUAUGGCACGGCAACAGAGACUAAGGCCUUGGAGGAAAAUUCUACUCCAAAGCAAAUUUGUGACAAAUAUCAUGCAAUUCAUAAACAAGUUUAUGAAUGGUUUGAUAUAAGCUUUGAUGAAUUUGGACGCACAUCAACGCCACAACAGACACAAGUUUGCCAAGCAAUUUUCAAGAAGGUCUGGGAAAAUGAUUGGCUUUCCGAGACUACCAUGCAGCAGCUUUACUGCGACAAGUGCAAAAAAUUCUUAGCUGAUAGACUUGUCGAAGGUAACUGUCCAAAGCCAGGUUGCAACUAUGAUACUGCACGAGGAGAUCAAUGCGACAAGUGUGGGAAGCUAUUAAAUCCCACAGAACUAUUGGAGCCAAGAUGCAAGGUUUGUAGCAACACCCCGUGUGUCCGAGAUACAGACCAUUUGUUUCUUGAACUCCCUUUGUUGAAGGAUCAGUUAGAAGCAUACAUCGAUAACAUGUCAGUGUCUGGGGGAUGGAGUCAGAAUGCUAUCUUCAUGACACAUGCGUGGCUUAGGGAAGGACUUAAAUCAAGGUGUAUAACUAGAGAUUUGAAAUGGGGAGUUCCAGUACCACAUGAAAAAUACAAGGAAAAAGUUUUCUAUGUAUGGUUUGAUGCUCCUAUUGGAUAUGUAUCAAUCACCUCAUGCUACACAAGUGAGUGGGAGAAGUGGUGGAAGAAUCCAGAUAACGUGGAGUUAUAUCAGUUUAUGGGCAAGGAUAAUGUGCCUUUUCACACCGUAAUAUUCCCGUCUACGCUUCUUGGAACUGGUGAAAGCUGGACGCUUAUGAAAACUAUCAGCGUAACGGAAUACUUGAACUAUAACUAUGAAGGCGCCAAAUUCUCAAAGAGCAAGGGUAUAGGUGUUUUUGGUAAUGAUGUAAAAGAUACAAAUAUUCCUUUAGAAGUAUGGAGAUAUUACUUGCUGGCAAACAGGCCAGAGGUCUCAGAUACUUUGUUUACAUGGGCAGACCUACAAGCAAAGUUAAACAAUAAGUUGGUAUGGAAGUUAGGCAAUUUUGUCAAUAGAGUCCUGAGUUUCAUCGCAAAAGAUCCAGCCUCGGGUUAUGGUUCAAUUAUUCCAGACGCUGAAGGAGCAGAAUCACAUUCCGAGACAAAGGCAUUGGAGCAAUAUUUAGAAGCCAUGGAGAAGGUUAAAUUAAAGCAAGGCUUGAAAGUUGCUAUGUCUAUUUCUACGAAAGGAAACACUUAUCUGCAGGCGAACCAAUUUUGGAAGCUUUACAAGGAAGAUAGGCCUUCGUGUUCAAUAGAGAUGAGAACUGCUUGCGGUCUAGUGUAUAUUCUGGCAUGUCUCUUAGAGCCAUUUAUGCCGUCUUUUUCACGUGAGGUGCUUAAGCAGCUCAGCUUGCCUCCCGAAAGUACUCAACUUUCACUGUCUGAGGAAAGUGGUGUCAUUAAAAAUAGCAAAAGACCAUGGGAUAUUCUACCUGCAGGUCACAAAAUUGGAACACCAUCGCCAUUAUUCAAGGAGCUGAAAGAUGAAGAAAUUGAAUUCUACAGAGACAAGUUUGCAGGAAGUCAGGCAGAUGGGGCUCUCAAGGCAGAAACUGCGAUGGCCGAACAAUUGAACAAAACAAAAAUAUCAGAGGGUAAUAAGAAGAAGGAACCUAAAACUAGCAAGUAAAAUAUAUUCCACUUGAGGAGGUACGAUCGGAGUUGGUAGCCUGCUACAAAGAUAUGCCAUUCACCACAUCAGUUGGUAUUUGGAAGGUUGCAUCAAUAAGGUAGACUGAUUCUUUGUUCAUUUAUCAGGAGAAACAGAUGUAGCAAU